GACAAAGACAGAAAAUGAGUUUAAUAUUCCUGUCUCCUGAUAUAAUCACAUUCUAAAUUUAUAUUUAUCAGCAUGACUAUGAAUAAUUGUUGUCUUGAAGACUUCUAAUGAAAUUUAAAUUAUUUAAAAAUUAUUUGAAAUUUAAAUUAAAUUUAAAUUAUACUGAAGUUGGAGAUAACAGCGUAAAAUAUAAAGAAGAUUUUUCAAAAAAUUUUAUCAAACUUUAGUAAUAUUUCUUCAGUUGAACUCGACUAACAAAAUAAUAGCACGAAUCGUUACGAAUAACAUUAUAAUUGAUACGAAUAACCGAAAUAAAUUUCUUGUCGGUUAUCAACAACAAUAACAAAGUCUCGAUCACUCAUAAUCGUUAUUUGCAAUUAAAAAUACUUUAAUCGAGAAAAUAAUUACUAUCCCAAAAUUUUUUUUAUUUUGAUCGGUGGCAUUUUCAUUAUAUUUUAUUACACCAUAAUUCGUACGACAAGAAGCACGAAACGUCUUCAGGGGACGUUACGAUUAUGCAAUUUAUGUUUCACGGUGAACGAUGAAAGAAAACAGGCACAUCGACGAUGUUCAACCAGCAACGGUGGACGAGCACAUAAAACUGAUCCACGACGACAGGUCAGUCCACGAUGAGGAAUUCGUCAAAGUUACGCCAGACGACCUCCCCGAUUGGUUCGAUGAGAGGUUGUUCAAAAUAGGUCAGGCGGCUUACAUGGAUAAUAUUCUGGGAUUUGGAGUUGCGAACCUAACGGGUCUAAUAGCGAUACUAUCUGUCCCAGGUAUUGCAGAGAUGCUCGUGUUCACGAGGCGGAGUUCGACUGUCUCUUUAUCCUUCAGGCGAUAUAUGGAAACGUUGUUACUUAUAUACGAGCUAUUUAAAUCCGACAUGCUGAAAGCGGAUUCAAAGUGGUUCCAGGCGAUAAACGUGAUACGAUGGAAACACGCGUUAGCCACCAAGAGUCACAUAGAACGUGGAGGCAGUGGAAUAUACAUAAAGGACAUGGCCAUCACGCAAUUCGGGUUCAUUGGGUACGCUUUGACGUGCUCUGAUAAGGUCGGAUUGUCCCACUGUACCCUCGAACAAAGGGAGGGCUUCAAUUAUUUUUGGCGGGUCACGGCUCGCAUGUUAGGCAUAUCGGAUCGGUUGAACAUCUGUCGUAAAACGGUGGCUGAGACCACGGAGUUGUGCAGAAGAAUCGCAGGCGAGAUAAUUAAGAAACACUUGAAGGAUCCCUUGCCAGAAUCCGAGCAACUGGCAUCGUACGCGGUGCAAAGUCUGUGGUACAUCGAUCCCACUUACGACGAAGAUGCCAUCACAGCCCUUAUGAUGGACAUGACAGGAAUAAAAUAUAAGAAACAACUUGGAUGGUACUCGAAGUUAAACAUGAAGCUACGCGAAUGGAACUCGUAUCUCCACAGUGCUCCUUACAUCGGUAUAUUGGUCAGGACAAUUUCUAAUCGUAUAUUGAAAAUGCUUUACUGGCUGGGUGAGAACUACCCUAUACUUGCCAGGAUCGCGUUUGGCAAACAGAAAUCGAGUUUUUGCCCGUACCCGAAAAUAGAGUGAACGAAAUUUGGCUCAAAAAUAUUUUAAUGUACCUGAUCUCAUGGAAACAAAUAGCUCGAGUGAUCGAUAAAUACAUAAAUUCGAACGUUGCUUGAAUAACGAACGACGCGUAAUCGGAUUAAAAAAAUGUACUGAAGGUAUUAUAUUACCUUUCGUCGAUACUGGUGGAGUCGCCGAGUGAAAUGGAUGAUAGUAAUAUCGAUCGCCAGAGGUCACUACGUGUCGCGUGUCACUAAUUAAGUAUCCGAGCUGCAGCCGUCGAUAGACUGGAAACGGUAAUUAACAUGGGUAAAGUGAAACAGUAAACUUUUAUAAAGAAAAGUUAUUCAGUAACUUUUAACUUUUGAAUUAUUUCUUUUCUGUUUUGUCGUUCUGCUAUAAAGGUAAAGUCCUCUGUUAAUGCAAGACUUAGCGGACUAAUAGUUUCAGAGAAUACAUUUUGUUUUAUAAUUAUAUUCAUUGGACCCCUGCUAAUUCACAGCGUGUUAGACAAUUUUUUUAAUUUAUAUGUAUAGGUAAAAUUAAGCUUGACCUAAUCUAACUCGAGAUAACAAUACUAGUGUGCUGCAUGGCGCUAAUGCAAAGUUUCCCUUGGUCAUAAUAGCGAGUAAUACCAAUUUUCAGUAUUGUUUGUUGUUCUCUGGCAACAUGAAUCAUUCAAAUAUUGAUCCGAUUUUAUCAAAAUUUGACAAUAAUACCGUAAUCACAUUGCCUAUUCUAUGACGACAUUUACUUUUGUACAAUUGGUUUCUACGAUACAAUGAAAAUAUGGCUCCUGGAUGCAAUAUACUAUGUUUUAAAUGCCUCAGUUAUUACAAUUUUUUU